AUGACUUCAAGACACGCGCGUGGUGUAGUUCAAAGCACUGACCUCGAUGACGCUUCUGGGAUCGAACCGAUGGAAGAGCUUCGAGAGAUGCCGAGCAUCGAGAGCGUGUUGCACGAUGGGCAGUUGGAGAGUGGGAGCGGUGGGAUUGUUGGCGACUGUCCUGCAGUGACGACGAUGACAAUGACGGCCAAGAUGAAGAACUCGAGGAAAGCGCGACCAGCAGCGUUGGACCGAGAGGCUCUGCAAACGAGUGCUACGCGCUUGCCAGCGUGCGACCAUGUCGAGAUGCAACGCGCGCGCAUCUUUGGUAAUCACAAGGACGCAGCUGUGUCGAGUGGAGCAACACCGGCUAGCGCGUCUCUCGGUUCGUUUCGAUCGAUCCCCGAAGCUGGACUGUACCACGCAGCGAUCAAUACAUCGCUGACCAACGUCGCUCUGCGAUCACGCAAGGCGUGCAUCAGCCACAUUGCAUCUACGACCCAGCGCAAGGUGGACAAACCGUGGUUGUCGGAUCAUCGACGUACCAAAUCGCACGCCGUGGCGUUCUGGACAUUCGUGCUGGCGGCGACGACCGGGUUGAUCGGAUCAGCACUGCUCCUGUACAUGGCUUACGCCUCUGUGCCGCGCGACAAAUACUGUCUGGUGCUGGAUGAGCAGUUUCAAGGCAGACAGCUGAACCGAUCCAUCUGGUUCUACGAACAGCAAACGGGCGGGUUCGGCAAUGGCGAGUUCGAAUGGACCACUGAUCACGCCAACAACACGUUCAUCCAAGACUCGACUCUGUACAUGGUGCCGACGCUCACUUCGGACCAUGUAGGAGAAGCAGCCAUCACCAACGGCUAUACGCUCAACCUGAGCGCUUCAGAUGUGUGCACAGCAGCGAAUCGUAGCGAUGUUGGCAGAUGUGUGGUGACAUCCAACAUUACGAGCGGAGAGAUUUUGCCGCCGGUGCAGUCGGCAAGGAUCAUGACGAAUUUUUCCACAACAAUCCGUUAUGGUCGAGUCGAGGUUCGAGCACGCAUGCCAACUGGAUCUUGGCUCUGGCCAGCCAUCUGGAUGCUCCCGUCCACCAACGUGUAUGGAGAAUGGCCGAGAUCAGGCGAAAUCGACAUUGUCGAGUCCAAAGGCAACGCUCCCACUCAUCGCACUUCUGACGCAGCAAACAACAUGCACUCGACCCUACACUUUGGUCCAUCGUGGCUGUUUGAUGGCUAUGGUUUCGCAACCAAGAUUCGCAAACUUUGGCAUUCCUACUACGACCAGCAGUUCCAUACCUUCGGACUCGAUUGGACUCCCGAUGGCAUAUUCACCUGGGAACGAUCGCGAGUCUGGCGCAACUUGCAGGUGGAUUUCCGCCGCACCAAAAACUUUUGGUCUUUAGGCCAGUUUCCAGAGCGCAUGGCCAACGGUACGCUGCUCACUAACCCCUGGUCCGCCGUCGCCGAAUCAACGCGCGCCGCUCCAUUCGACCAGCACUUCUACCUCAUCCUCAACGUUGCCGUUGGUGGCACCAACGGCUUUUUCCAGGACGGCUUGGACGACAACAAACCUUGGAGCAAUCACGCUGACAAUGCGAGAAAACAAUUUUGGGAUUCCAGAGAUCAGUGGCUACCCACCUGGCCAGCCGAUCCUACCAAGAGAGGUAUGGCGGUCCAAUAUGUCAAGAUGUGGCAGUUGUGUUGA